UAAAACUCUCGCAUGCGUUACCAAGUUGAAUUUUCUGUUAAAAGUAUUUAAGAUUGCUCGUCACGAUUACGUUUGUUAGGUAGAUAUAACAUAACGAAGACCAACUCACACAAACAAAAAAAACAGUGCAUUGGCUGCUAGUAUGAUGAUGAAACUAGUGUUUGCGAUGACGUGUCUUCUUGUUGCAGUCACAGCCGCCGAUGCACUGUACCGUCCUUGGCCUCCGGAGUGUCUUUACGUGGCGAACGUGAUUACGGAGCAGUGUAAAAUGUUCUUCGUCCAUCAGGAAUCUCCUCCCACCGCCGAGUGCUGCCAUUGGUUCAGUAGCCGCCGUAAUAAUGUCAAGGAGAGGCGAAGGAUUUGCCGUUGUAUGGAGUUUCUGACAACAGCCAUCAAACCACUCAGGCCAGACGCUUUGGCUCUCUCUGACCAGUGCCAUUUCACCUCUGGCUUCCCCAUGUCUAAAGACCACACAUGCGCUUAGCAUGGGGGAGACUCAAAGAAGACACGAUUUGCAGAUGAAUAGUAUCUCUUGUUUUUGUAUUUAAAGGCUGUCGCGAUUUCUUAUUUUUCAUUCAUUUGUGAAGAAAAUCAUGCUUACAUAAUAUAUUACAUCUUCUGGGAAACCACA